AUGGUGAGUGAGAACGAUCUGCUUCUCCUCCUCCUCCUCCUCCGUUCUGUUCUGUCAUGUUGGCACGCUGGGAGGGUCGGGAAUCGGGACGCGGUGUUUUCUUUGGUCAUGCUUCGUGGUUUCGUUUCAGAGCUAGGGAACUGCGCGCAGGGGUUCAAUCAGAACGCCGCUAGUUCACCAGCAAGUUCAGCACACGCGUUAGACUUAAAUUCAGCAAAAGCAUGCAUCUGCCAUCUUCACGGCGCUCUGCUGCUUCUGCUGCUACGAGACCUGCGAGUGCUGCCUCGACUGCCUCUGCUGCUGCUGCAACUAGGCCGGGCUCCGGCUCCAGAGGACGGUCCAGAUGCAGAUGGAGAUCGCCUCCGUCUCUUCUACCUACCUAGUGAUGAUGAUGAUUCAGUUUCAGUAGCCUGCUUCCUUUAG